AUGUCACAAGAACCCAAGGGAGGCAUGAGGGAAUCACCACUGCUGCCCUCACAGCCUCUUGCGGGUCAGAGGGUCACUCAUGGCCAGUUCCUGUACAUUCCAGAGCAAGAGAGAAGUUUUGGAUACAGCCAGCAUAGCAUUCCCCCUCCACACAUUCAUCCCACUGCCUCGCUUGGGAACAAUUCAAGGCCUCAUUCAUUUCCCCCACGAGACCAUAGCCUCCCACCACCUCAUCUCCAUGGUAACUCUCCUCCUAUGUUUGCCAGACCUCCUCCCAUGCCACCCAGGUUUUCCCAGCCUCCCCCAGCCAUGUCUUGCCCACCAAACAUUCCUUACCAAGCUUCAUUCCAAAAUCCUAUGAUGACACCUGGGGAAUGCAAUCCUUUGUGGCUCCAGCGCGGCCCCCCACCUGUCCUGCCAUGCCCGCCGAUGCAGGGUGACAAAGCGCCCCUCUCCGGCACCCACUCGGGAGUCUCCAAGGGGACUGUUUUCAGGGACAGCAAGGAACAGGAGGACGACUUGUGGCUGGAGGAGUUUGAGAAGAGAGUCAAGUCCUGCCCACCAUCACCGCCAUCACCUGCCGAGCCCAACACCGCCAAGAAGAUUGUUAAGCUGGCAGAGGUUCAGCGGCUAGUGGUGGAGUCCCAGUCACUGAGGGAGCAGCUGUGUGUUCUGGAGAAGGAGCUGACUCAGGUGAUUGAUUCAGCUGAUGAAGAGGAGUGGAAUCGUCUUGUGCAGCAGUCUGAAGGGGUCAAGGCAAGCCUUAAUAAGAUUCUGGACAAGUUUCAAGAUCGAGAAUUUGUUGAACACACAAAAAUCUUGCUGAAGCAGAGAAGAGCCAAGAGGGACAGAGUCAAGAGGAGGAAGAAAGAAAGGCAACUAGAACAGGAAGAACUCAAAAGAAAGAGGGAAGAAGAGGAGGCCAAGAUAGAUGCCUGGAGAGCCAAACUGCAGCGGGAGGAAGACACCAAAAGGCGGGAGGAAGCUGUGAAGCUUGAGGCUGACAGUGUGCUGGGGGAGGUACGACAGAAGCAGAGUGAGGGCCAGAGGAUGCUGCAGCUGCUGGAGGCUCUGGCUGAUCUGCGCUGCACCCGGGCCACUCAGGCAGCCUCUCAGGGGCGCCCCACAGAUGCUGAGGCUGACCAACGCUUCACCACCACCACUGAAAUGCUUAGCAAGAUGGUAAAGGAGCAGCUGAAGGAGUAUGAGCUGGAGGAGCAAACUCUGCGGGUCAUGAUGGAGGAGAGCGCCUCACACCGCUCUGCUGCUCUCUCAGCAAAAGGGGAUGCCAACUUUGCAAGAUACAAGGAUGCCAUCUGGAAAUUACUCUUUGGCCCUUCAGCCACAGAGGAUGAGGAUGCUGGCCUCUCACUGGAAACUUUGGUUCUGAGAAGGCAAGAAUGGGACCAGUACCUCGUGGAGCAGCAACAUCCUCUUGCCUCUGCUGUGCCCUUGUCCUGGGUGUUGCCGCCAGAACACCCUCCCUCCUCCUGGGCAGCUUUCAAGAGAUAAUUAGAUGCCUCUUGCCUCCCCAGGACUUCUUUAAAACAUCCCAUAUACAAAGACUGAUCAUUAAUACAAGCCAUUAAGAUAAACUGCAAGCCAUGACUAAUCUCGUCUCAUCUUAACCUAUGAGCAAGACUAUCACAGGAAGCAGAAUUCAGAUUACAGUAAAUAUCAGAUUACUAGUUUCAAAGCUCACUCCCAUAUAGGAUUAAUACUUGAACCACUAAGAUAAUAAACUGCAAGCCAUAA